CUCGCCUGUUGUCGCUUCUAACAAUUGAAACAUAAGCCGUACCCUCUUCAGCAUACAACAAAGUAACUAGAAUGAAGAUACGCAGAAGGAAACAUAAAAAAAAUGCUAAUAAGGGCACAAUAAGUUCAAUUAAAAAUUUUUAUGAACUUUUAAAGAUUAGCUGGUCACUACAGGUAAAAGUGUUCUUUGAGACGUCUACACUACAUGGUGUUAGAUAUUUGACAGAGCCAGGAAGACCGUUUAUUGAAAAAUUUAUGUGGUUUUGUUGCAUAUGCAUAUGUUUUGUUGCAACCGUCGUAAUAAUUUUGAGCCUUUGGGAAAAAUUUCAAACAAAUCCAACUAUCACUGGGUUGGACACGGAUUUUCAUAGCUUCGACAUACCAUUUCCUACAGUGACAAUAUGCUUGGAACCCUUAAUUUGGCAAGAAAUAUUACCCGAGAAUCUAAGACUUGUGAACUCAACAUUGCAAUAUUUAAAAGCUUUUUCUUACAAGUCACUGAAGGAACUUAACAAAAACGAAUUAAAGGAAAUGCGAACAGAUCGUUUACCACUAGAAAUUAAGACUCUGGUGCAGAUUCCCAACUGCGAACUGAUAUUCGUACCUGAUUCGUGUGAAUUUUUAUCCAGAAAGCAGGAUUGUUGCGCGAACUUUGUUCCUAUGUUGACGGAAGUAGGUCUCUGCUUUGGAUUUAAUUUAAAAAAUGAUCGACAUCCAAAGCCGUACAUGAUUAAGGACACCGAUGCGUCAUGGGGACUUAAAUUCAGUAUAACGAAGCCUUUGUCUAACGCAAAUAUUCCCAUAUACAUACACGACUUUUACGAAGUACCAACAAUUGAUUCCACUCCUCAACACGAUUGGGAUUAUAUAGUGGAACAAUUGUCAUUCUCAAUGAAACAAACGUACACAACUAACGAUACCCGACAAUUGUCAAUCAAGCAGCGACACUGCGUGUUCGACGACGAAGUAAAAUUGGAAGUCGAGGAUAUUUAUACGUUUUCCGGAUGCACGAGGCAAUGCAGGAUGAAAAAUUCGAUAAGAAAGUGUCGUUGCGUUCCACCUUUUUAUCUGAAUAUCAGAGGUUAUCGAGUCUGUAGGUCGGACGAGGUGCAAUGCAUCGUCGAUAAUUUAAUGGAGAUUAUGGCAGUCGACAACUGCGACUGUCAGCUGAGAUGCUUCAACACGAUUUAUGAAGUGGAAAAGAUGAAGAUAGGAACACAAAGCAAUUUCACUGCAAAAAUGGAAGCAAGUUUUGUCUCCUGGCCAAUGGUUAAGUAUAAAAGGGAAGUAUUGUUUGGAUGGGUUGACUUACUGGUGUCAUUUGGCGGAAUUGCGGGACUUUUCCUGGGCUGUAGUUUAUUGUCUGGGGUUGAAACUGUAUAUUUCUUCACUAUAAGAGCCGUGUGUAUGAUAUUUUCCGAAAGAAAGAGACUCGAAGACAUAAGAAGGAGAAGAGUAUUAGAACCCGUUCCGGAUUACGAUCUUAGUUUGACUCCAUACUUCAUAAAGCCGCCAUCGCCCGGAAAUGGGACAAAUGAAAUACUGAAGAGGUUUUAUCCGGACAUGUCGAAUGAAUAUGCGCUGAAAACGUUAUUUAUUCGAGUGAAACCGGCAGGGCAAGGAAAGAAGCCGAAACAUCCGAUUGAAAACAUCAAACCACCUUUUGGAAUUGAAUUUCUCAAUUAACAGUGUAGGUACAUACUACAAUACGUGAGUGAGAAAAUUAAAAAAUUUGUGUUUUUAAUUGAAUCUUUUUCACUUUAUUCUUUGUAAGUAAUGAGUAUUCAUUUCUUGUUUGAAAUACCUACGUGUAGUAAAUU